AUAAAUGGAAUGCAAAUAAAAGAAAGAUACUGACAGUUACUUAUGUCAUCAACCUGUGAGAAUCCUGACAAUAUGAGUUGGGCAGCUUUCUUACUGACAUUAUUGUGUUUACCUACUAUAACACAGACCUGCCUGAAUUGUGACCUGGAAGUAAAGACCAUCCUAAACAACUUAAAAGAAACUUACCUGUAUGCUCAUAUACAGGAGCAUGCUGUGGCUGAGAAAUUAGUGAAUUAUGUGAAAGCUGCAGAGAGUUGCUUCUUCCAUGCUUCUCUUAAAUUUUCAGGUCAAGGAUUCAUUGAUGAGAGUACACUAAUAAAAGCAGCACAUGACUUUAAAAGGGAACUGAAAAGGAUGAUAGAUACACAUCUUGAAGGGAUAGCAUUAAUCAAUACACUCAUAAAGUUAAUGAAAGCACAGUGCUUGCUUCUGGAGACUCACAUCAAAGUCUAUGUACAGCAAGGAUUUUGUCCAAAUACAUGUGGCACCAUGCUUCAAGAGGCAAUAUCAUGUCAAACAUGUGAAAAGGUUGAUUACAUAUGCCCCCAGAAGCAGGUUUGUGAAGACAGGAGGAUCCAAAUCGGUAUAAAUGAAGACCUGAAGCUUGACUGUGGAUUCUCUUGGCAUGCUCUAGCAAAACAUCUUCAAGAAUACCAAUUUUUCAAGUUAACUCAAAAUGGCAGUGCCUGGACAGAGACUUUGAUUUCAAAGUCCAAAGAGCCAACUCUAGUGAUACACAGAAUAAAGGAAAGUGAUUCUGGGCACUACAUGUGUUUGCUUAAAGAUCAUCAGCAAAACAUAAUCAGCAAGUUUAGCUACAAUGUAGAGGUGACCAGAGGUGUAGCAAAUGAGGAGACUAUCUGGACCCGUCUGACCUUGCCACCAGUGGAAAUGCAUGCAGUUUCUAGACACUCAGAAAAGCACAGGAAUAUAGAGCAACACAUCACACACUUGAUUAUUCUCACUAUUGUUGGCAGCGGUGGAGGUAUCACAGCCUUCAUUUUGGCAUCAUGUUUCAUGAUCCAUCGUAGAAAAAAAGAAGCGAUGGCAGAUAAAGAAGAUGAAGAGGAUAAUGAAGAAGAACCUUAA